AUGGAUGAAGCUGAUCAGAUUGUGUUGCUCACAUUGAGAGACUUGGGAUGUGACUUGGCAAAAGAUAUAACAAUCAAGGAGUUUGACGCCGACACUGUAUACAAGGGAGUGUUGGCAUACUUGAAGUUGAUCAAUGCUGAGAAGGUGGCAAACUUAUCAUCAUCGAUCCCAAAGAAUAUGUCGGCUCGUGUAAACUCAUGUUCAAUCUUGGCAAACACUAUUAAGGAGUUGGGCUACCGUGCCGAGCUCAGCUAUCACAACUUGCUCUACCCCAACGUCAAUGACACCAGACGUAUCUUUGUCUUCUUGGGCCAACAUCUGCCCAAGAAGGAGGUGACCGAGGGCGUGUCGGCCGAUGGUCUCAAGGACCUGAUCUGCACAUACCUGGCCUCGUCAAUCAAGGAGUCCUGGAUGCCAUACUUCUGUCCAUUCAGCAAGCGCAUCCCGGGCAACUACUCCACCGCCAGACUGUUCACGGCGGCGCCCGUCAAGAUCCCCGCACGUGGUCGUCAGCUCAAGCUCACACCCGGUCUCGAGGACUACUACAUCAAGUUCUUGGAGCCCGUCACCCUGCAGCCCAACCGUUGCGAGGAUAUCGCACCAUCAGUGUUUGAGUACAACCUGGCCAUCUUUGCCGAGGCUCAAGAGAGAGAGAAUGAAUGGAACACCAAGGGCUCUGCAUCUGGUUUGAAUCCAUUGGAGUACAAGAAGAACAAGUCAAAGAACAUCAUGGCAAAGAUGGGCGAUAGUGUACGUUCGGCUAUGGUGGAGGCAUCGACAGAGAACUUUAGGAACAAGUUCUCAUUCGAUCAAGUGAUUGGUGAGUUUGGUCAGGGCAGUGCAAAUAAUGAUUAUGGUCAGUUUGCAAGAAAGAAGGAAUUCGCAGCGGAGGAUUUGACCAUCACCGAGCCCAAGGACAAGGAGACCGAGGAGGAGCGCCAGCAGAAGCAGCAGGCCGAGAUUGAGGCACUGCAGCAGAGCAUCCAGGAGCUGAGCGAGCGCAUGUCGGCCAGCAACAACGAGAUGGAGAGCUGGAUUCAGCAGCUGCGCCAGUUGGAGUCACAGAUGAGCGAGGAGGAUCGCAGACGUGCCGAACUCGAGAAAGAGUACAAGGUCAAGAAGAAGACUUUCGGCCUGCUGGAGAAUGCCGACGAGAACAUGGCCAAGCUGCAGGAGCUGUGCCAGCAGUCGUCGGCCAACCUGAUCGAGAUGAGCACCGAGUGGGAGAAGGUGCGUCGUCCCAUCGUCGAGAAGUAUCGCCAGCUCAAGGACGAGAAGUCCAACCAGUCGGACGAGGCCAAGAGCAAGGUGGAGCGCAUCAAGGAGAUCCGCGCACUGAUCAAGAAGCUGAUUGGCGAGAUCAAGACUAAGGAGGAGCUGAUCGCGCAGCUGCAAGAGACAUACAAACAGUCGCCCAAGGACACGAACCGCUCGAUGUACACCCGACGUAUCCUCGAGAGUGUCAAGAACAUUGACAAGCAGCGCGUGGACAUUGACAGGAUUCUUCUGGACACUAGGGGUCUGCAGAAGGAGAUCAACAGCAUCACGGACACGGCGGUGCGCACAUUCGACCAGGUCAAGGACAUGUUGUACGCCGACGCCAAGAAGGACGAGACGGCCAAGAAUGCCAUCAAGAAGUUUGCCGUCAUCGACGAGAAGUUCCAGACACUUUUGACAGCCAUCGACGAGACUGGCACGCAUCAGAACAACAUCCUCACGAUCACCUCCAAGAUUGAUCACAUUUCACAAAAGACCAGCACACUCAACACUGACAGACUACUCAAUGAUCUCAAGACCGUCAAGACUGAGAACCAAACAUUGAUCAAGCAAGUCAAGUCCAAGAUGGAGGCAAUUGCCACUCAAUAG